AUGGAGACGCCAGAGACGUGUUCCGACGGUUCCGAAUUAUCACCCAAGAAGCCAGCAGUCCCGCGGAAGAAGACGCUGCCGUCGCCCGAACUUCCAUCAAGUAAAUCGUUCUCCGUAAAUCCGAGCCCUGAAAGAGUAUUGGCUGAUGGACCCGUCAAAGACCACGCCCCGCCUACCGAUAAGUCAAGCACUUCUCAAAAGCAGCGCGGUCCCUCCCCGGUGUUGCGCUACAACUCGGCCGAAAAGCACGUCGACCAGCUGGACGACAGGCCAGCGGCCGGAACGUCAUGCGGUGCGAGUACGCUGGCGAGCACCCCCGAGUGGGCCGGCACCGACGCUGUGCUAAUGGACGAGAAGGCGGCGGGCUCCGAGCGACUCGGCAAGCCGUUCUCUUCGUCGGGAGCCCGGCGCAGGAGGCGAAGGUCGCGCCACCGACACACGGACGCGACGAACGACCUGACAACCCGGCGGUUCGAACGUCGCCACUGGGGGUUUCUGUUCGGCUUCGCUGUCAUCGUCCUGACGUCGGGCUUUCUUGUCGGUGCGAUGUGGAACAUCCUCAGCUUGGGGCGCGCCGGUGGUGACAACGAACCCACGCCUUGCUACGGAGCCGACUGCGCUACGGGCGACAUACCCUUCGGGAACUUUUCCGGCCGGAACAUCGAUCCUUGUGACGAUUUCAGGUCCUACGUUUGCUCUUGGUGGAAACCACUGGACCGUUUUCCCGAGCUUACCAUUUCCGCGCAGAGCGAUCUCGUCGUUAAGUGGAUCGAAGGAUUCGGCUCCAUGCUCGAAACGGGUGCCGCAGUGGACAAGUCCGGCGUCGGUCAGAAGGUGUCGCAGUUCUACCACAGCUGUAUGACCCGAACUGAGAGGACGCAAGGCGACGCGGACGCUUUCGUCGGGUUUAUCCGGACGCUAGGCCUCACCUGGCCCGAGAUGCCUCCGAGCGGCGUCCGCGCCAUGGGCACGGUGUUAGAGCUGAACUACAGGUUGGCCAUGCCUCUUUGGUUCUCGCUAAGCGCUGUCCGCAACGAAGCACAAAGCGGCCGUCGCAGAUUGGUGCUGAAGCCGUGCUGUCUGGGUCGCCUGAGGUUCGUCCAGUGGCGAAACCAGCAGGCAGUCGACAGGGGCCUCUACUACGACUACUGGGUAGCUCACUACGAAGCUCUGCUGGGGAGAAAAUCGGUCUCCAGAGAUCGCAACGAGGUCAACGACCUGGCCAGGGAAGAGGCGCACAUAGUGGAAAAACUCGCCAAACUGUCGGAAGUCUAUCCGAGCGUUCCGCUUUUGUUUCGUUUUGCGGACAUCGGCAGCCACACCAAGCGCAUAUCCUCCAACGACUGGCUCACCCAGGUAAACAAGUAUAUCGUCGGCGAUGGAGGAGGCCAUGCGUUCACACCUGAAGACGAACUCCUUGUCAGCGACGAAUCGGUGCUUUUUGCCAUCGAUAGCCUGUUAGGUUGGUACACCCCAGAGAAACUCAUCGACCACUUGUCCUGGCAGUUCGUUCAGAUGCACGCGUGGAUUGUCGACAGCACUUUGCUAGAAAUCUGGGGCCAGAAUUACUGGCAGAUUUACGAGCCCAUUCUCUGCGCGAGGGAAACGGAAGUCGUCUACAGGCCCGUGGUCGCGGCGCUGUACGUCGGGCAAACUGCGACGCCGCAGGAGCGCAGCCAGCUCGACGCUAACCUGACCGAUCUUAGGGACUUCAUCGCCAAGAUGUACGCCUCCUCGACCUGGAUCGAUCAGGCUAGCAGGAACGUCGCUAUCGAAAAACUUCGCGCCAUGUCAGUGGGUCUCUGGCCGUCGGAGUCCUUCUUCGAUCACAGCAAGCUGCAGACAAUGUACGCAAAGUUUCUCAACAAGAACGUCACAGCUCAUUCGUGGGUGCGGCUGUGGAUCAGCGCGCAGGAGACCAUGCGAAGCCUCUCCGGCACUUCGCUGCACGACGUGACGAUGAACAUGAGAUCCGCGUUGUUCCCCUUCCUGUUUGACUACGACUAUCUAACGAACAAGGUUGACGUGGCGGUCAGUGCCCUCGCAAAGCCUUUGUAUUGCGCGCAAUGGACGCCGGAAAUGUUCUACGGGAGCAUGGCGUUCGCUUUUGCCUUGUCGAUGAUGAAGAUGCAGGAUCUGACGGGCCUCAAAUUGUACGGUAACGGAACGCUUGUGCAGGCCGGACGCUGGUCGUGGCUAUCGGACGGCACCGCCAAGGCUUACAGGCAAAAGGCCGAGUGUCUAGCGGAGGAGCCAAUCGGCUUGUCCGAUAUCGCAGCUUUCGAGGUCGUCUACGCGGCACUUUCUCGUGGCAUGUCCAAUUCCACGUCGCUCUUACAGAUCAGCCGCGAAAUCGACGAGAAGAGGACAUUUUUUAUGGCCAUAUGUCUGCACAGUUGCUCGGUGGAGAAUCGUCGUUCACCGACCGCCGACUGCAACGCCCUGAUGCGGCAUUCGCGGGACUUUUCGGAAGUGUUCCACUGCAAGGUUGGGUCCCGCAUGAACCCUUUCAUAAAGUGCUCGUACUUUUAG